GCAUUGUCUAUUAGCACUGUGCACGCUUGUGAUCCUCUCGAGGUUAGUUUGGCCUCGGGAAAAAUUAUUAUCUUUGAUUCAGUGGUUCGCAAUCUUCCUAUCUGUAUUGGUGGUCGAGUUCUGGAGGCCGACGUCUAUGUAAUUGAUAUGCGAGACUUCGACGUGAUCUUGGGCAAGGACUGGCUCAUCCAUUACCGAGCCGAUAUUUGGUGCCAGGAGCGCGAAGUCACCCUCUAUCCCGUUUCCAAUCAGCCUGUUGUGUUCUUUGGGGUGAGUUCGAGGACUGUGCCUCGGGUCAUCUCUUCUAUGGAAGCUAGGAAGAGCCUUUCCAAGGGUAGCUGUCAAGGCUAUCUUGUUUCCAUGGUAUCCGACGAUGUUGAUGAGCGGGUACCCGAGCGAGUCUCUAUUGUUUCCGAGUACCUCGACGUCUUUCCUGAUGACUUACCCGGAGGACUGCCAGACCGCCAGGUGGAGUUCACCAUUGACCUAAUUCCCGGAGUCGGCCCCGUUUCUAAGGCCCCUUAUCGUAGGGCGCCGAAGGAGCUUCAAGAGCUCAAGGCCCAAAUCCAGGAGUUGCUUAAGCUCGGUUUUAUUCGUCCGAGUGUCUCGCCGUGGGGUGCGCCUGUCCUAUUCGUAAAGAAGAAAGACGGAUCUAUGCGCAUGUGCAUUGACUAUCGGGAGGUUAAUGCACUUACAGUCAAGAACAAGUACCCCCUUCCCCGUAUUGAGGACCUUUUCGGCCAGCCUAUUCAAAAAUUGACUUGC